CACGUCGCGCCUAAAGUCACUGAACAGCAGAACCAUUUUCCAGUUUAUAAUAUUCGAUACAUUCCAUUGUUUCUUCAGUACUAAGAACGCAGGCCGGUGGACACGAUCUACUCUAUUCAUUGCAAACAAAUUUCGUUGUGUACAAUCAUCGGAUCCCGAGGAUCCUCGAGCGAAAGGAAGGACAAAUUUGCAACGUUUGCCAGGAUUAUAUCCACGUGUGAACUUACUGUCCACUAGGUUCUCACGCUUGGUAAAUUCUGCAAAAGGAAAAUUUGUAAGAUCGUCGUAUUAUUAUACCUAUAAUAAUGCCAGCCCAGUUCGAAAGUGCAAACAGUCCCGUCGCGAGAGAACGAAACAUGAUGAACGGUACUGCACCGUAUUCGGUCGACGAUGAGAUCGUCAUCAGCGGGUUUUCAGGCCGCUUUCCGGAGUCCAUAAACAUAGAAGAAUUUAAAAAGAAUUUAUUUGAGGGCAUCGAUAUGGUCACCGAUGACCCACGUCGAUGGCCUUCCGGAAUUUAUGGUGUACCAACGAGAACCGGAAAACUUAAAGAACUCUCGAUGUUCGACGCUACCUUCUUCGGUGUUCAUGCCAAACAAGCUCAUUUAAUGGAUCCACAACUCCGCAUGCUAUUGGAAGCAACAUACGAAUCGAUAGUCGAUGCUGGCAUCAAUCCAAACGAUAUCAGAGGAUCUAGAACUGGUGUAUUCAUCGGUGUUUCAUCGUCGGAAAGCGAAGAGAUUUGGGUCACUGACUACGAAAAUGCCAAUGGAUAUGCUUUAACGGGCUGCUGUCGAGCUAUGUUUCCAAACAGGAUUUCAUUCACAUUCGAUUUCAUCGGACCCAGUUAUGCGAUAGACACUGCGUGUUCUUCAUCUUUGUAUGGCAUGCAUCAAGCAAUUGCUGCGAUACGUUCAGGAGAGUGCGAUGCAGCGAUUGUUGGUGGUUGCAAUCUUCCUUUGAAGCCUACGCUAUCUUUACAAUUCCACAAGUUAAAUAUGUUAUCCCAGGAUGGCACUUGUAAAGCAUUCGAUGCAGACGGGAAAGGUUACGUGAGAGCAGAAGCCAUCGGAACUAUCUUUCUGCAAAAGGCAAAGGAUGCGCGUAGGGUAUACGCGACUGUACUACACUCCAAGACGAAUGUUGAUGGCAACAAAGUUCAAGGAAUCACUUAUCCUAGUGGUGAUAUGCAGAACAAAUUAAUGCGGGAAAUUUACGAUGAAGUAGGUAUCAAUCCAUCCGAAGUUGUGUACGUGGAGGCACAUGGAACUGGUACCAAAGUUGGAGACCCGCAAGAAGUUAAUUCUAUCGCAAAUUUAUUCUGCAAAGGCAGAAAGUCACCGCUUCUUAUUGGUUCUGUAAAAUCUAAUAUGGGCCAUGCAGAACCUGCGAGCGGAAUAUGUUCUCUCGCCAAGUUACUUAUUUCCAUACAAGAAGGUGUGAUUCCAGCCAAUUUGCAUUUCAAAAGUCCAAACACAGAUAUACCAGCGCUAAGCGAUGGAAGGAUACAAGUCGUAGAUAAAGCUACUCCGUGGAAAGGUGGUCUCGUAGCGAUUAAUUCGUUCGGGUUUGGUGGAGCGAACGCGCAUGUACUUCUUCGUACCAAUACAAAGCCAAAAUUGUCGCCAGUUUUAGAUAGUAAAUUGCCUAAGAUGGUCACGGUAUCGGGACGUACAGAGGAGGCUGUACAGGUCCUCUUAGACAAAGCCAACGAACACGAAGAAGACGACGAAUUUAUUGCCCUUCUUCAUGAUCUUCACGCGAAUAACAUAGCAGGUCACAGUUACCGAGGUUACUCUGUAAUGGGAAAUAUUAACAUCGAAGAAAUCAAUCAGCUGAAUGUUACGUCGAAACGUCCUAUUUGGUUUGUAUUUUCUGGCAUGGGAUCCCAAUGGGCAGGCAUGGGUAUAGAAUUGCUUUCCAUCGAACCAUUCCAACGAAGUUUGCAACGGUGUGCUGAUUUUUUGAAACCGGAAGGAAUCGAUUUAAUGGAUAUUCUUCUAAACAAAUCGGUCGACCCCUCCGAUAAUGUUGUCUACAGUUUCGUAGCGAUUGCAGCCAUUCAAGUCGCUCUUGUCGAUUUACUGGCUCAUAUCGGUAUUCAUCCUGACGGUAUCAUUGGACAUUCGGUUGGUGAGUUGGGAUGCGCCUACGCAGAUGGUACUUUUACCGCGGAACAAACAGUAUUGGCUGCUUACUUCAGAGGAAGAGCGAUUCUUGAUUCGAAACUACUGCCAGGAGCUAUGGCUGCUGUUGGAUUAAGCUGGGAAGAAGCUAAAGCACGAUGCCCGCCCGACGUCUUCCCGGCUUGUAACAACUCCAGCGAUUCUGUGACCAUUUCCGGUUCAGUCGAGGCCAUCAACAAGUUUACAGAAACUCUGAAGAAGGACAACAUCUUUGCGAAAGUAGUAGCUAGUUCCAAUGUUGCAUUCCAUAGCAAGCAUAUAGCUCCAGCAGGUCCACACUUACGCGCUUCGCUUGAAAAAAUUAUACAGAAUCCGAAACAGCGAUCCUCUAGAUGGAUCUCUACGUCGAUACCUGAAGAAGCAUGGGGUAAUCCAUUGGCGCAACUUAGCUCUGCAGCAUACCAUGUAAAUAAUUUGUUAUCGCCUGUACUCUUCCAACAAGGACUCACUCAUAUUCCAGAUAAUGCGAUAACAAUUGAAAUCGCGCCGCAUUGCUUACUGCAAGCAAUUUUACGUCGAUCACUGGCACCAACCGUAGCCAAUCUUGGUUUGCAUAAGAGAGGACAUUCGAAUAAUUUAGCUUUCUUAUUCGAGAACAUCGGAAAGCUGUACAUGGAAGGUGCACAACCUAAACUGUCCAAAUUGUAUCCACCAGUCAGUUAUCCAGUCGCUCAUAGUACCCCGAUGUUAAAUUCUCUCGUUAAAUGGGAUCAUUCUAUAGAAUAUAGUGUAGCUAAAACCUUUGGUACGGAAGGAACCUCCGGAGAAAAUGUAAUCACGGUUGAUCUCUCGAAAGAAUCAGACGCAUUCUUGAGUGGCCAUAAGAUCGAUGGAAGAGUUCUUUUCCCAGCUACUGGUUAUUUGGUUCUCGUUUGGAAAACUCUUGCAAAAAUACGCGGCCUCGACUACGAACAAUUACCAGUAAUCUUUGAAAAUGUAUCCUUCCUACGAGCUACUAUUAUGCCGAAGGAAGGCCCGAUCAAGUUUUUGAUCAAUAUAUUCAUGGGAACUGGUGAAUUCGAAAUUUGUGAAAACCAAUCUGUGGCGGUAACAGGAAAAAUAUCUGUACCUGAAACCACUGAUAAGAUACUGUUGAAUUUGCCUGUACCGGUUGUUCGAAAUGAACGUGAAUUAUUGGAUUUAACUCCCGGAGAUAUUUACAAAGAACUCAGGUUACGAGGAUACGAAUACGAAGGAAUCUUUCAAGGUAUUAAAUCCUCCAACAAUCGUGGUGGUACUGGCAAACUGGCUUGGACCAAUUGGAUUUCAUUUAUGGAUACUAUGCUUCAGUUUAGUAUACUUGAGAAGGAUAUGAGAGCGUUAUAUAUACCAACCCGUUUACAAUAUGCCGCUAUAAAUCCUAGCCUUCAUCUGGAACAUGUUAAUAAGUUAAAUGCAGACGAGGGAAUCCCUGUAUAUUCUUACAAAAGCAUAGAUGUCGUUAAAUCAGGCGGUAUUGAAAUAAGAAAAAUGAAAGCCAGUUUAGCUCCGAGAAGACAACAGUCUCAAACUUCUCCUAAAUAUGAAAACGCCACAUUUAUACCUUAUGUGAAUCUUCAGCCGUUGGCACAAGAUCCUGAGAAAGCUAAGCAACACGCGCUCACAGCUAUAUUGCAAACUAUUUACGAUAACACAAAAGGAAUAAAAAUAAAAGCUGUCGAAGUAGCCGAAAAUCGUUCUGCAGAUGCUCUUCUCGCGCCAAGCGUAUUGAAUAUUCUUUAUAGCGAAGUCCACGUAACUGUUGAUUUACAAGUGGCUACUACGACUUCAGUUGAAGAGUACAGCAGUUUAGCAUCACACAAUGUUAAAGCUGUAAAGCGCAAUGUGAAUGUUGAACCCGUUGGUCAAGAUUUACAUAUUGUGAUAGCAUAUAACGUCAUGUCCGGUAAAUCGGAGAAAUUAAACAAUCUGUCACGAAGCUUGAAGCCUGGAGGAUUUGUAUUGUUGGAAGAAAAUGGUCAAAUUGAUCUUAAUUUAUUGAAAACCACAGAUCUAUCAUAUGUUGGAAAACAAGUUCUGCCUGGAAAGUCUUAUGUAUACUUGAAAAAGAAGGAAGAAUUGUCGGAACCGAUGGUCGUACAUUUAACAGAAAAGAAUUUCCAUUGGGUCAAAGAUGUCAAAGCAGCUUUGGAAAAAGCCGCGACGAGUAAACAACAAGUUUUGUUUGUAAACCAAGGCGAACCACUGUUUGGUAUGGUUGGACUUAUGAAUUGUAUUGUUAAGGAAGAGGGUGGCUCAGAAGCGCGUUAUGUAUUCAUCUUAGACAAAAACGCACCCAAAUUCAGUCUAACCAAUAAAUUUUAUGCCGAACAAUUAGACAAACAGCUGAUAGCCAAUGUCUUAAAAGGAGAACAAUGGGGAUGCUUUAGGCAUUUACUAUUAGAUCAGCAAAAUACAACAGCAUCUCUCCAAGUUGAACAUGCUUAUAUUAACGUGUUGUUUAGGGGCGAUUUGAGCAGUUUGCGAUGGAUCGAAAGUCCCGUGAGCUAUUAUAUACCAGAAAAAUGCCCAAAUACGGAGUUGUGUCAUGUAUAUUAUGCACCGUUAAACUUCAGAGAUAUUAUGUUAGCAACUGGAAAGUUGCCGCCGGAUGCUCUUCCUGGAAACUUGGCCAAUCAAGAUUGUAUAUUGGGUCUUGAGUUCUCUGGACGUAAUUCGAAAGGUCAGCGAGUUAUGGCUAUGGUACCAGCACGUGGUUUGGCAACCACUGUUGUAGCUGACACUGGAUUCAUGUGGGAAGUACCCGAUAAAUGGACUUUAGAACAAGCAUCAACGAUUCCAACAGCUUAUUCAACGAGUUAUUAUGCCCUUUGUGUCCGAGGAGGCAUGAAACCUGGUGACAGUGUUCUUAUUCAUGCUGGUAGCGGAGGUGUUGGACAAGCCAGUAUUUCUAUAGCAUUGCACGCAGGCUGCACAGUAUUUACAACUGUUGGUACACAAGAAAAACGGGACUUCUUGAAGAAAAUGUUCCCUCAGUUGACCGACAGAAAUAUUGGCAAUUCUCGAGAUACUUCUUUCGAACAAUUGAUACUUAAUGAAACUAACGGUCGCGGUGUUGACAUAGUGCUCAAUUCAUUGGCUGAAGAAAAAUUGCAAGCCAGUAUAAGGUGUCUUGCUAUAGGUGGCCGUUUCCUUGAAAUAGGAAAAUUCGAUCUAUCCAAUGACGCACCUCUGGGAAUGUCAAUAUUCUUGAAAAACACUACUUUCCAUGGUAUACUUUUGGAUGCUAUCUGCGAAGAAAAAGGACCAGUAAGAGAACAAGUAGUGAAACUCGUUCAAGAAGGAAUAGACAAUGGCGCUGUUCGUCCACUUCCUGCAACGGUCUUUUCAGAACAACAAAUCGAACAGUCAUUCAGGUACAUGGCUACGGGUAAACACAUUGGUAAAGUUCUCUUGAAAAUUCGGGAUGAGGAGAAAAAGAAAGUCACACAUCCAGCGAUGAAAGUAGUUCCAGCUAUUCCUCGUACAUAUAUGAAUCCAGAAAAAUCCUACAUAUUAGUCGGUGGUCUUGGUGGACUUGGUUUGGAACUUGCAGACUGGUUGAUCAAGCGUGGCGCAAACUAUAUAGUAUUGACGUCACGAUCUGGAAUACGCACUGGCUUCCAGGCGUUAUGCGUUCGUCGUUGGCGUGAACUUGGUGUAAACGUACUGAUUUCUACGGCAGAUGUAACAACAUUGUCUGGAACAAAGCAACUCAUUAAAGAAGCCAGCGCAUCCGUUCCCGUUGGUGGCAUAUUUAAUUUGGCAGCUGUUUUACGAGACGAUCUAAUCAGCAAUCUUCAGGAAAGUGAUUUUACAACGGUCGCGUUACCCAAGGUUAAUGCAACUAAACAUCUGGAUGCAGUAUCCCGGGAAUCUUGUCCCUCGUUAGACUACUUUGUUGUUUUCUCAUCCAUCUCAUGCGGAAGAGGCAACAUUGGCCAAACGAACUAUGGUCUUGCAAAUUCUGCUAUGGAAAGGAUAAUUGAAUACAGACAAUCAAACGGUUUGCCUGGUCUCGCGAUACAAUGGGGAGCCAUUGGAGAUGUCGGCUUGGUUAUAGAUGCACUGCAUGGUAGUAAUGAAACUGAAGUGGGUGGUACUUUACCACAACGUAUUUCAAGUGUCCUUGAAACGAUGGAUACGUUCCUUCAACAACCACAUCCCGUUUUGUCUUCCUUUGUUUUGGCAGACAAACGUAAACUCUCAGACAAUACGAACAAAGUCAGCAUUGUUCAGGCAGUUGCUAAUAUCUUAGGCAUUAAAAAAUUGGAUUCCAUUAAUACCAGUGUUACUUUGGCUGAUUUCGGAAUGGAUUCUUUAAUGGGAACAGAAAUCAAGCAAACUCUUGAACGGAGUUACGACUUGGUAUUGACGCCACAAGAAAUUCGUGGUUUGACGUUCGAAAAAUUAGCCGCAGUUGAUAUCGCUCCGUCUGAAGGAGUAGCUGAAUCAGAAACGGUAGUAGAAAAAGAAGAUGAUGGAGUACAAUUUCUCUACCAAUAUGACGGCAAGACACUCGUACCUCUGGAGCCACUUGUACCAUUAAAAACAAAGAGUGCAAAGGGAACUCCUAUAUUCUUUAUUCACGCUGUCGAAGGAAUGGUAGAUGUUUUCAAAUAUAUAGCUAGUGAAUUGGAACGAUCUGCUUGGGGAUUCCAGUGCGUCAAAGAUGCCCCUUUGAAUUCUAUAUCAGAAUUAGCGGAAUUUUACAUAAAACAAAUGCGAAACAUUCAAAACAAAGGACCAUAUCACAUAGCGGGUUAUUCCUUUGGAGCUUGUGUUGCUUUUGAAAUGGGAAUUCAACUGGAAAAUGCAGGAGAAUCGGUAACUUUAACUCUACUCGAUGGUUCACCAGAAUUUAUAAAAUUACAUUCUCAAACAAUUGGACAACACGCUACUGAUUCGAAGGAAGGAGAUGCGAGUGAAGAUGGUUUGCGAAAGUGUUUGUCGUUCUUGAUUAAGCAGUUCAAUCCGAAAAUUAGUUUUAUUCAGGGGUAUAAUAUGCUGAAAGAACAGCCUAACGAAGAAGCCACAUUAAAUAAAAUGGUGGAAAUAAUAAAUAAUUCCCAAUUAAAUGACGAGGACUUGAAAGUUGCUGGUGUCUUAUUAUACAAAAAGCUGCAGGCAUCUUAUUUCUACCAACCGAGUAAUAAAUACAAUGGGGAAAUCAGAUUAAUUAAGACCAACGAAAACUAUAUUCAUCUAAAGAACGAUUAUGGUUUAUCAGAGAUUUGCAAAAGCCAAGUGCAAAUUAAUGAAGUUGCUGGCAACCAUAGAAGUCUUCUAACAGGAGACAGCGCGAUACAAAUUGCAAAGUUUCUGCAAACGUAAACUAUUUUCUACUUAUUAGAAUAUCAGAAAAUUGAGGAAAUAAUCUACUACAUUUAUAUCAUUAUUUAAAUGUGCAUAAAUGUCGCAUAGAUACGUUCUAUAAAGUAUCAUGUACUAUAACAGAGAUCAUCGAAACUUAAUAUUUAAUAUUUAAUAUGAUUCCUAGA